CAAGUCCCCGCCCCUUUCGAUAGGAAGAGUCAUUUCCUUCCGCCGCAGAACAGCAAAGGUUGCCGGCCCGGCUGCCCGCCGAACGCCUUGGGCUGGAGUCCCCAUGUUGGAGGUGGCUCGCGAGCCCUAGCGGCGCGCACAGGCGCCUGCCGGAAUGGCCGAGUUGGAGGCCCGGGGCCGCCUGUGGCUGGAGAGUCCACCUGGGGGGGCGCCCCCCAUCUUCCUGCCAUCGGGCGGGCAAGUUCUGGUCCUGGGCCGGGGACCCCUGACCCAGGUCACCGACCGGAAGUGCUCCAGAAACCAAGUGGAGCUGGUCGCAGACCCGGAGACCCGGACUGUGGCAGUGAAACAGCUGGGAGUUAACCCCUCAACUGCCGGGACCCAGGAGCUGAAGCCGGGGUUGAAGGGCACCCUGGGAGUGGGGGACAAGCUCUAUUUGGUCAACAGCCUCUACCCGCUGACUCUGCGAUGGGAAGAGGCCCGUACUCAGGAAUCCCAGCCAGACACCCCACCGGGUACCCCUCCGGUGGCCCCAGCCCUAGAGGAUGAUGCCAGGCCGCAGAAAAAGCGGAUGCGGAAGUCAUCCCCAGGCUGGGAGGACUUGGAGAAGCUGCUGGUGUUCACAGCACCUGGCGUGAAGGCCCAGGGCAAGGUGGCUGGCUUUGACCUGGACGGGACCCUCAUCACCACUCGCUCUGGGAAAGUCUUUCCCACUGGCCCCAGUGACUGGAGGAUCCUGUAUCUCGAGAUUCCACGCAAGCUCCGGGAGCUGGAGGCCGAGGGCUACAAGCUGGUGAUCUUCACCAACCAGAUGGGCAUUGGGCGCGGGAAGCAGUCAGCAGAAGAGUUCAAGGCCAAGGUGGAGGCUGUGGUGGAGAAGCUGGGGGUUCCCUUCCAGGUGCUGGUGGCCACGCACGCCGGCCUGUACCGGAAGCCCGUGACUGGCAUGUGGGACCAUCUGCAGGAGCAGGCCAACGAGGGCGUGCCCAUCUCGAUCGGGGACAGUGUCUUCGUGGGAGACGCAGCCGGUCGCGCAGCCAACUGGGCCCCGGGGCGCAAGAAGAAGGACUUCUCCUGCGCCGACCGCCUGUUUGCCCUCAACCUUGGCCUGCCCUUCGCCACGCCGGAGGAAUUUUUUCUUAAGUGGCCCGCAGCCAGCUUCCAGCUCCCGGCCUUUGACCCGAGGACCGUCUCCUCCGCGGGGCCCCUCUCCCUCCCGGAGUCCAGCCCUCUUUUGAGCUCAAAUCCUGAGGUGGUCGUCGCCGUUGGAUUUCCUGGGGCUGGGAAGUCCACCUUCCUCAAGGAGCACCUUGUGUCCGCCGGAUACGUCCACGUGAACAGGGACACGCUGGGCUCGUGGCAGCGCUGUGUGACCACGUGUGAGACAGCUCUAAGGCGGAAGAGGCCGGUGGUGAUCGACAACACAAACCCGGACCCCCAGAGCCGGGCCAGGUACAUUAAGUGUGCCCAAGACGCAGGCGUCCCCUGCCGCUGUUUCCUCUUCACCGCUACCCUGGAGCAGGCGCGUCACAACAACCGGGAAGCAGUUCGAGGCGCCGACGCCGGCGGAAGGCUUCUCGGAGAUCCUGGAGAUCCCGUUCCGGCCGCACCUGGAGCCGCAGCUCGAGAGGCUCUACCGGCAGUUCUCGGAGGGCUGAGCCGCCGCCGGUCCCCGGUCCCCGCGCCCGCCCCCCUCCGCAGUAAAGGCUGUUUUCCUUCACGCGUCGCCAGCAUUUUGUUGGGGAAAGGAGGCCAGUCUAGCCGAGGUCCAAGAGGGGCUGCAGUGGCCACCAGCACAGUCGCAGGAAGCCCGUGGGGCCUGGGAGAGGCGCUGCUUGGGGUGCCAGGACCCCUUGGCAGAGCACUCCGGCCAUUCCGUUUCCUUUAAGUGGGGACCAAGGUGGGCACCUCCAAGGCUGGAAACGUGGAAAGGGAGCCAGACUCACCACCGUAUGGGGGUCCUUGGCCCACAGAGUCCUCUGUCACUUCCAUCAAGGCCCCUCAGCCCCUAACACCAGCUCCCCAAUAAACCGAGCCCAGAAUGGGCCACAAGAACCAAGCCCCUGGCAGAGAUCAGUGGAGUCGCUCUUAUCUGUUCCUUACUCAGGCUACAAAGCCGCUCUGCCCACUCCUCCACCCCCAUCCUGUGCCGUGACCUGGCAGGACCUGUGUCCCGAUAGGCCUCUGCCAGGGCCUCCCCCUGUGCUGCCUGAGCACACAGACCGUCUCAGGGCCGCUGUCUGCCCCUGCCAGCCUCAGGGCCUCUCAGGGCAUCCCCAGGGCAGGGCCCCACACCGGGCAGCAGCAGCUCUGAGCCACACGUGCUGCUGCCCCCACCCCAUGCGCAGAGCCUGGCUCUGUCACAGUGGACUUGAACCCGGGAAGGUUCAAGCUGGUGCCGGGGGCCAGAAAAUCCCACUCCAUGCUGUCCCCCUCUUCUGCUUACUACUAAGGCCAAAUAUUCACAGAGCCCAACAAGUGGCUGCCGGAGCACAGAGGAGGCAAAUAGGAGAGCCGGGGCUGUGGUUAGGCCCGUUCUGAGCCAGACACAGAAAGGCCCUCUAAGAGGCCCCCAACCCCACCACCCCUGGCCCGGGCUGUCAUUCACUCAUUCGCAAGGCAGGGAGUCCCUAGCUCCGUGUUGAGCCCCAGGUUCCCUACCAGCCCAGGUGACCAAGCCCUCACCAUGAGACAUGUUGCUGCAACAGCCUGAAAAUCGUCCACAAAUGACCCCAUGUUGCUAGGGGUGGCUCCACCCCAAGACCCCCACUUCACAGUCUUGAGCAAAGCAUAGCCCCUGGACUAAACGAAAUGAAAAUUCCCAGGCCCCAGUGGCCCACCUGACCCCAGGACAGGCCCAGCAUCCAGCCUACAGGCCAGGACCCACCUCCACCCUGGCCACAGGCUCCAGCCACACAGAGGGGUUCCCUGGACCUGGGGAGGUGCCCAGUGUCCGUGCAGCAAACAGAGGGAGCAGGUGAGCUUUUAAG